AUGACUGACUGGCUCUUUGACUGCAUUGUGCUGGAUGGCACAGUCACGACAGCUGCUGACAUCGGUCGCUAUGACAUUGGCAUCAAGGAUGGGAAGAUUGCUCUACUGGCCCCCGCUCGUUCUCUAGCAAGCACAUCAGCAGCCAGGGUCAUUGAUGCAGAAGGGGCAUAUGUCAUGCCAGGGGGAGUUGAUGCUCAUGUCCACCUAUCUGAACCUCAGCUUUUCGGCAAAGGCAAGUCGGUAGACGAUUAUAGCAGCGGAACCCAGUCUGCCAUUGCCGGGGGCACAACGACCAUUAUUACUUUCGCGCCACAGGAUCGUUCAAACCCAUCCCUGUUGGGUGCGUUAGAGGAAGCCGAGGAGAAGGCAUCUGGCAGUGCAUACUGUGACUACUCAUUUCAUCUUAUCGUGUCGAAUCCCACCCGGCAGGCACUCGACGAGUUUGCCAUCCUCCGUGAACGCGGCGUCUCCUCCGUCAAGGUCUACAUGACAUACGAGGCGCUUCAGUUACGGGAUAACCAGAUUCUUGAUGUCUUGCUGCAGGCACGCACGGAUGGCGUGACUACCAUGAUCCACGCCGAGAACGGGGACAUGUUGACCUGGAUGACGGAACAACUUGAAAGUCGCAUGCUCCUAGCGCCCAAAUACCAUGUAACUUCCAGACCGCAGAUGCUGGAAGGCGAGGCGACGAACAGAGCCAUUACACUAAGCCAGCUGAUUGAAACGCCGAUUCUCAUCGUCCACGUUUCCUCCCCGUUAGCAGCUGCCACGAUCCGCAAUGCGCAGACCAAGGGCCUCCCGAUAUACGCCGAGACCUGUCCGCAGUACCUGUUCCUGACGCGGAAGGAUCUCGAUCUUCCCGGGUUCGAGGGCGCAAAAUGCGUCUGCUCACCCCCGCCGCGCGAUGGGGAGGAGGAUCUAGAGGGCAUCUGGACGGGACUGCUGAACGGGACGUUCACCAUCCUCUCAUCUGACCAUUGUCCAUUCCUAUACGACGAUGCCGUCACUGGGAAGAAGUCAGCUAUCACGGAUGAUGCGCCCCUGGGCCGCUUUCGAUACAUCCCCAACGGCUGUCCGGGCGUGGAGACACGCCUCGCGACGGUUCUGAGCGCCGAUCGUCUUCCCCCGACAAAGUUCGUCGAGGUAACGAGCACAAACCCUGCCAAGUUAUACGGCAUUUACCCGCAAAAGGGCGCCCUUAUGCCAGGCGUGUCGGAUGCCGACCUGACGAUCUGGUAUCCGACACGUUCUCUCGAGCCGUUUCCCAUCACCAACGCCUCCCUGCACCAUAGUGCGGACUAUACCCCGUUCGAAGGAAGGAUGGUAACGCAGUGGCCGCGGUACACGCUGGUUCGGGGAGAGAUCGUCUGGGACCGCGACAAUGGGGGCAUCGUGGGCAAGAAAGGCUACGGGGAGUUUGUGAAACGCGGACGCAGUGCCUUCUGCCAGGACCAGCCGGCAUGGGAUGUUGCGAAGUUUUGA